AUGGCCGAAUCGGCAUCGGCGUCUCCCGUCACUAUCCCCAUUCUAGGUCAGCCUAGCAUAGUGGUCGACAAUGGCCUCUGGGCAGACUACAUCGUGCAGGAUCUCUUAAAGAAUGUCGCCUCGUCCACUUACGUCCUCAUUACCGACACGAACCUGAACGACGUCUAUGUGCCGCGAUUUCGAGCGAGCUUCGACUCCGUCGUCAAAGGCCACAACACCCGCCUUGUCACGUACACGAUUCCGCCAGGCGAAGCUUCCAAGAACAGAGAGACAAAAGGAGAAGUUGAAGACUGGAUGCUUUCGCAGCAAUGCACACGCGACACUGUCAUUAUCGCCCUCGGAGGCGGCGUAAUUGGUGACAUGAUAGGAUAUGUUGCAGCCACGUUCAUGCGCGGCGUCCGCUUCGUGCAGGUCCCGACUACGCUGCUCGCCAUGGUCGACUCCUCCAUUGGCGGCAAGACGGCCAUUGACACCCCCAUGGGCAAGAACUUGGUCGGCGCUUUCUGGCAGCCGCGCCGCAUCUACAUUGAUCUGCAGUUCCUGGAAACCUUGCCCGUCCGCGAGUUCAUCAACGGCAUGGCCGAGGUAGUCAAAACGGCCGCCAUUUGGAACGAGACUGAAUUUGAGUUCUUGGAGACAUCUGCCUCCAAGAUCCUAGAAUGCGUUCGCUCUCGGGCUGCAGACCGUCUGACGCCAAUCAAGGACACACUGAAGCGCAUCGUGGUCGGCUCCGCCGGCGUCAAGGCCGAGGUCGUCUCCAGCGAUGAACGCGAGGGUGGCCUGCGCAAUCUCCUCAACUUCGGCCACUCCAUCGGUCACGGAAUUGAGGCCAUCCUCACACCGCAGCUACUUCAUGGAGAGGCCGUGGCUGUUGGCAUGGUCAAGGAGGCGGAGCUGGCUCGCUACCUCGGUGUGCUGCGCCCAGAAGCAGUUGCUAGGCUGGUCAAAUGCAUUGCAGCCUACGGCUUGCCUGUUUCGCUCCAAGAUAAACGCGUCCAGCGCUUAACGGCGGGCAGACCCUGUCCUGUCGAUGUGAUUCUUCAGAAAAUGGCUGUUGACAAGAAGAAUGACGGCAUGAAAAAGAAAAUCGUGCUCCUUUCAGCCAUCGGCAAGACGUACGAGCCAAAGGCCAGCGUCGUAGAUGACCAAAGUAUCAGAACCAUUCUGUCGCCAGCUAUUAUUGUCUCACCCACGGUAUCUGCCGACCUCAACAUCACUGUGAGCCCGCCAGGCUCCAAGAGCAUCUCCAACAGAGCGCUUAUCCUCGCCGCGCUCGGGUCGGGAUCCUGCAGAAUCAGGAAUCUUUUACAUUCCGAUGACACCGGCUAUAUGCUUGCCGCCAUUGCCAAGCUCCGCGGUGCCUCGUACUCAUGGGAGGCUGGGGGUGAGCUUCUUGUUGUUAAUGGCAACGCCGGCAAGCUGAGCGCAAGUAGCAAGGAGCUCUACAUUGGGAAUGCCGGAACUGCGUCGCGUUUCCUGACCACCAUCGCUGCUCUGUGCUCGCCCACUGAUACCGCCAAGUCUGUUGUUCUUACAGGCAACUCGCAUAUGAAAGUGCGCCCCAUUGGUCCGCUCGUCGAUGCACUAAGGCUGAACGGCGUCUCUAUCGACUACCUGGAACAAGAGAAGAGCUUGCCCUUGAGAAUCGGCUCGUCAGGGGGGUUUGAGGGCGGUACCAUCGAACUCGCAGCCACAAUAUCGUCUCAAUACGUUUCGUCCAUCCUUAUGGCAGCCCCAUACGCGAAGAACCCUGUUACUCUGAAGCUCGUUGGUGGCAAGCCCAUCUCGCAAUUGUACAUCGAGUUGACAAUCGCAAUGAUGGAGGCGUUUGGCGUUUGCGUGACGGCAUCGACAACCGAACCGCAUACGUACCACAUCCCAAAAGGAACGUACAAAAACCCCGCAGAGUACGUAAUUGAAGGCGACGCAAGCUCGGCGACGUACCCCUUGGCCAUGGCGGCUAUUACGGGCACCACCUGUACAGUCCCCAACAUCGGCUCAGCGUCGCUCCAGGGAGACGCACGUUUCGCCGUUGACGUCCUCCGUCCUAUGGGUUGCACCGUCAAGCAGACUGCAACAUCCACCACCGUCACAGGACCGAAGUCUGGGGCUCUGAAACCACUACAACAUGUGGACAUGGAGCCUAUGACCGAUGCGUUCUUAACCGCCUCAGUCCUGGCUGCUGUUGCCGGCGGCAAAACACAAAUCACAGGCAUCGCAAAUCAACGAGUCAAGGAGUGCAACCGUAUCGCCGCCAUGCGAAUACAGCUCGCCAAAUUUGGCGUUCAAUGUGUGGAACUCGAUGAUGGCAUUGAGAUCUUUGGCAUUGCCCCCGCCAAUCUCAAAUCACCCGGCAAGGGCGUUUUCUGCUAUGAUGACCACCGCAUUGCCAUGAGCCUGAGCGUCUUGUCUGUUGCAACACCCGGUGGUGCUGUCAUCACUCAGCAGGAUUGCGUCGGCAAAACCUGGCCCGGUUGGUGGGAUACUAUGUCGCAGUCAUUCAAGGUACGCCUGGAUGGCACAGACAAGUGCAAAGCGGAGGAGGAGGAAACACCAGUGGCUGCGGGCAAAGAUGAACGGUCCAUAUUUCUCAUCGGCAUGCGCGGCGCUGGUAAAACUACCGCCGGUAACUGGAUUGCGAAGAGCCUUGGCUGGAAGUCGAUUGACCUUGACCAGGAGCUUGAGCGCCGCUCCGGUCGGUCAAUUCCACAGAUAAUCGACGAGCACGGUUGGGAUGGGUUCCGCGAUCAGGAGCUGCAGUUACUCAAAGACGUCGCCGAAACACAACCAGUGGGCUAUGUAUUCUCGUGCGGUGGUGGCGUCGUCGAGACCCCUGAUGCGAGAGACAUGCUCCAAGCCUACACUGACAGCGGAGGCAAGGUAAUCCUGAUCCAGCGUAACAUUGAUCACGUCAUGCAGUACCUGGAGAGGGACAAGACACGCCCUGCAUAUACCUCAGAAAUGAGAGAAGUGUACAACCGGCGCAAGCAUUGGUACGAGCAAUGCAGCAACUUCCGCUACUACAGCAUGCACACCAAUGAGCCCACGAGCAAAAGCAUCAUUCCGACCGAUUUUUCCCGCUUUAUAUCAACCGUUUGCGGCAAGGACGCACAGCUUCCGCAUCUGCGCAAAAAGAAACAGAGUUUCUUUGUUUCUCUAACGCUCGCAGACUUGUCUACCGCCACCGAGAUACUGCCCAUGGCUGUUGUUGGCUCAGAUGCCGUUGAGUUGCGCGUAGACCUCCUGAGAUGUCAGGAUCUGGAUUUCGUAACAGAGCAGGUCUCAAUUCUCCGACAGCACACUGACCUGCCCAUCAUCUUCACGGUACGCACCGUGUCGCAAGGCGGCUCGUUCCCUGACGAUGCAACUGAAGCUCUGCUAGCGCUCUAUCAUCUUGGUUUGCAACUUGGUUCAGAAUACCUCGAUGUGGAGAUAACGACACCAGACGAAAUACUAGAAUCCGUCAGCUCUGCGCGAGGUCAUACGAAAUUGAUUGCUUCCCACCACGAUCCACGCGGUACACUGUCAUGGAAGAACGCCUCCUGGAUCGCACACUACAAUCGCGCUCUUCAAUAUGGCGACAUCAUUAAGCUCGUCGGUGUGGCGCAGAACGUUGACGACAAUUUCGAUCUGCUUCGAUUCAAGUCCAGAACGGCCUCCGAUGAAGCUCCGCCCGUUAUCGCUAUUAACAUGGGAAUGGCUGGCCAACUAAGCCGCAUCCUGAACGGAUUCUUAACGCCUGUGUCACAUCCAGCAUUGCCAUUCAAGGCAGCCCCGGGCCAGCUGAGUGCUGCGGAGAUUCGACAAGCUCUUACACUGGUCGGACAAUUGGAACCCCGCAACUUCCAUCUUUUUGGACAGCCCAUUUCUCAGUCGCGAUCGCCCGCACUGCAUAACGGCUUGUUUGGCCAAUGUGGUCUCCCGCACCAGUACCACCUGUUCGAAACAGACGACAUAGCGGAUGUGAAAGCUACUCUGCGGGAUCCUAGUUUUGGUGGUGCGUCAGUAACCAUCCCUCUCAAGCUCGAUGUCAUCGACGAACUGGACGAACUCACGGAAGCGGCACGUACAAUCGGGGCAGUCAACACGGUCAUACCGCUGUCGAGCAGUCGAGAUGACGGCACACAGUGUCUCCUCGGAGACAAUACAGACUGGAAGGGAAUUGUCUAUGCCCUCCGCAACGGAGGACUUCAGGAUAUCGCUAGCGACUCCGCUGCCAUGGUGAUCGGGUCAGGAGGAACUACGAGGGCUGCAGUGUUUGCUUUGCAUUCCCUUGGGUUCAGCCGCAUCUACGUGGUCGGUCGCACCGCCGAAAAUGUCGCGACCAUGAUUGCCGAUUUUCCCGACGACUACAACUUGCAGGCAGUCACUGACAUCGCCGCAAUUACAACGCCGCCCAACGUGGUAGUCAGCACGAUUCCGGGCGACAAGCCCAUCGACCCUAUGACCGAGAAAGUCAUCAGUGCCGUCGUUAACGCUGCUACCGCGGCCUCAAGACAACAUGUGCUCUUGGACAUGGCGUACAAGCCUCGUGCGACUCCAGCGGUCAAGAUUGCUGAAAGCGCUGGCUGGCCAACCAUUCCUGGACUCGAAGUUCUUGCGUCUCAAGGGUGGUACCAAUUUCAACUUUGGACAGGUAUCUGCCCUCUCUACACCGACGCUAGGCACCUCGUUCUGGGGGAUGAGAAGUCGUAG